UUGUAACUGAGUGUAUCUAACUCUCCAUUCCUCGGUCGAGAAAAGACGUUUCAAGGCUCUCCUUGCUGCGUUUUGACUUUGUUUGGAGGCAUUCCUGUCCCUAUCAUUCCCUAUUGACACACGCGUCUUCUACGGGACCGUACGAGUGUGAACAGCAUGAGGCUGCGAACUCCAUGUCAAGCAUUUUGCUUGUCUGUCGUACAGAAACGUUCUCUAUUUUUACUCCUAAUUGGUGAUCGCCAUCGCGUCAUAGCCAGGCACUAGCCAUCGUUUCUAGGCUGAUCUCGACAAUUCGUGGUAUGCGUCCGCUGGCUCUCCUUGUCGGUUACCGAAGGCGCAUCAAAAAGCUGUUCACAACAAUCAUUUCGUAUGAGGCGCAUUCAGAGGUCGAACUCUGGAGCCGUGAUUUCAGUGGGUCGUGGUAACGGUCGCUGACAUUUCACGAUGCUAUGCUAUAUUCCCGAAAUCUGCACAGUCGUGAUUCCCGCAUCUCGUGAAUCCAAGCCAUUUCCCUCCCACUGCUCGCCUUGGACUCGACAAAAUGCGUGGCCUUCUUUUUUCUGUUUUUUCCGCCACUGUAUAUUCCGGCGUCUUGUCCCAGAGCACCGUCACCCCAGCAUCCUUCGCCGCCACUGAGUUCGACGUAGUCAUCGUUGGUGGAGGUACGGCCGGUCUCGUUCUCGCCAACAGGCUCAGUGCUACCUCUCUCAAUGUUGGUCUCAUCGACGCCGGCCAUUAUAACGAAUCUGGCGACGACACGAUUGACAUCCCUACUGGCUUCCUCACCACCGAUCUUCUGAGCAAUGAUGACUACGUUUGGCCGCUCGCAAGUGUACCUCAGUCACGGCUUAACGACCGCUCGAUUUCCUACCCUCGUGGCAAGGUUCUGGGUGGUUCCUCCGCCAUCAACGGUCUGAUCUGGCAACGUGCGUCCGUGGCCGAGUACGAUGCGUGGGGUAACACGUUUGGCAAUGGUGACGACUGGACCUGGGAAAACAUGCUCCCCUACUUCGAGCGCAUGGAGACCUGGAACGCCCCAACGACCACCUACGUCGCCGACGAUACAUACUCUACGUCUCUUCCCUCCGUCGAGGGCGAAAGCGGCCCUCUGGACAUUUCCUACAACACCUUCUUUACUCCACUGGACAUCGACACCGCCGAAUCAACUGCCACCCUUGGAUUCCUUCUGAACCCUAACACUGACGGCGGCAACUCAACUUUCUUGCCCAUCGAGUCGGAUGCUCGUUGCGCUGACCCGACCACGGGGAAGCGAAGCUACGCCGUCGCCUACUACAACGAGACGGUCCGCGCCAGAAGCAACUUGGUCGUUCUCCAGGACACUAUCGCCAGCAGGAUCAUUUGGGACAACUCGACGCUCAACAGCUCAGCGAUCAAAGCCACGGGUGUCGAGUACGUUGGCAGUGACGGUGUGACUUAUGUUGUAAACGUGUCGAAGGAGGUUGUACUCUCUGCUGGUAGCGUCAAGAGUCCACAGAUCCUCGAGCUCUCCGGCGUUGGCAACUCGACCAUUCUCGAGGGACUUGGAAUCGACGUCGUCCUCGACUUCCCGCAAAUCGGAGAGAACCUUUUCGAUCACGCUUCGGUGUACACGGACUACCUCGUCAAUGACGGUAUCGUCACUCUUGACCAGCUGAACUGGAACUCUACGUACUUGGCUGAGCAAACUGAACUAUUCAACACGAACGGCACGGGUGCUCUGAGUUGGACCGUUGAGGCCGACGGAAGCUUCCCCCUCAAACAGAUCGUCGCGUCGUCCAACUUCACCGCCUUCCGCAGCGAGCUCGACAGUGAACUGGCUAACAAGACUCUGACGCCCCUUCAGAGCGCCCAGUACGAUCUCCUGAAGACGUGGGCCGAUGCUGGGAAUAUUGGAUGGCUUGCUAUUCGUGCUAUUCCAUCUGGUGGUAUUGUGAGCACCAGGGAGUCGGGUUCUAGCUACUACACCCUCGGCAUGUCUCUCUACCAUGCGUUCAGCCGUGGUUCCGUUCACAUCAACUCUACCGUUCCUUCUGCCUCUGCUGUUAUCGACCCCAACUUCCUGGAGUUCGAGUGGGACCGUAACGCUCUUCUCAGUGGUCUCGUCUUCACGCGCCAAAUGGCCGCUGCCUCGCCACUGGUCGACUUGCUCAAUGGUGCCAACUCUCCCGACGCAAGCGUGCAGGCUGCAGAAGACUUCAACGACUUCCUCGAGGCCCGUCUCUCGACCACGAACCACCCAGCUGGCACGACGGUCAUGGCCUCGCAGGAUGUUGGUGGUGUUGUUAGCCCUCGCCUGAAGGUCUACGGUCUCGACAACGUUCGUGUUGUUGACGCCGGUGUGUUCCCCAUCACGACUUCUUCCGCUCUCCAGCAGACCGUUUACGUGAUCGCUGAGAAGGCUUCGGACAUGAUCAUCGAGGACUUGAGCGCAUAAGGAGCUCACAUCCCUCUUUCCCGCACUCAGGGUACACGUUCGUUUGCAUAUAUAUUUUAUCCCUCGGUUUUUUGAUGUCUCCACUUGCACCACCUUCCUCCCCUGGGCAUCUUAUUGUCAAAUGCAAUCAUUUCUUUAUUUAUUUAUUCGGCAUCAUCAUCUUCAUGGACGUUCCCGUUUCACCUUCCAUAGUCACAUAUAUUUACCUCUGUAAUGCUACGGGUUCUACGUUCAAAUGCGCUCGUAUUGCUAUCCGAUUUGUGUUCGAUCUU